UGAAAAGGAUGAAAAGUUUGCAAGUGAACGGAAGCCACGACGAAAGCCUACCUGCUAGUUUGCGAAGACAGUCACUAUUUUAUUUUUGCUAAUCUAUAAAUAAACGUAAAACACAUCUAGGCGUAACCAAAAUGGAAGAAGGUUUGGAAAUGUCUGCCAUGAUACCUGCCUUGCAGGAAUUAACAAGCACCAGUUCCACGGAGUACGACCAAAUCGUCCAGAAACCGCGAAAAAUACUUUGCCAGUUUAUCGAGAGGAUACUGAGAGACGUUGAUGUUGUUGCCCUAGAAUUGUGCAAGACCACAAGUUCUCAGCCAGCCUGUGUGAUGCUCCUUGAUUUUGUCCAGCACUUAAUUAAGUCGUCACCAAUAAUGUUCAUGAGGCCAUCGAAAGAAUAUGGCGAGAUUGAAAAAGGAAGCUCAGAUUUCAGCAAGUGGAUUAUUGGCUGUCUCCUACAAAUUAUUGCUUCUCCAGGCUGUCAGCCUCUUCAUGAAAAGAUCAACUCGGUCAUCUGUUCUUUGCUGCACAUGUUCAGAACUAAGGGGCCAGUGAUUUUUGGUGUGUUAGCAAGUUGCCUCUUAAGCUUGCUCCAGGAGCUUGCUUCUAUUUCCAGAAAACUAACCUAUAGUCAAGUGAGCAAGGAUUUAAUAGUAUGGCCCGUUGUCAUGAAUCAGUUCAUAGUUAUGUCCUCACCUACCACUACCUACCUCACUCCCACCUCGCUUCAGGUGUCAUUAGCUGCUCUAGAAAUGCUAGAGGUUGCAGUCAUGAAAAUUGUGACCGAUAUCCUACAAGGAAUUUACUUUCCUAAGGAAGUAGGAAUACUCUGGGGCACUGCUUGUACCACAUUUGGCUGUGGCACCCCUAAGAUGAAGGCUGUUGCUUUGAAGCUGCUGACCAAUGUGGUGACCUUAGGAGGGUUACCGGAAGGACAAUCUCAGGAUUUUUUCUCUGCCUUUCUGCAUGUCCUUGACUGCCUUGUGGCAUUUGACCUGCCAGACCUGAGGCUUUUCCAGAAAGAACUUGAGGAACUGUCCCAGAGAAUCUUUACCAUUGAGAGAAGUGCACACCACAGGUUUGAGCGGGUCCACCUGAAUAUGUUAAUGGAAAGGCUUCACAGAUUAGCCAUUAGUGGGGAACUAGAACAUUUAAAGGCAGCAAACGUAACAGCAGUCCUUGGCCAUAUCUUCAACUUUAUGCUCACCUCCGUACCUGUGGGCUAUGAGUCAGCAGAGCCUAUUCGCAGGGAGAGAGUCACUGCCAUAUGUAAGACAUUGAUCAAGACCAUCGGGACUCAGACACAGCAGGAAAUAGUGCAGCUCUGUCUAUGGGCUGCACUGAGGACCGAGAGAAGAACCAUCUUACAGAUGACCGAUGGAUUUUUGUCUGACUAUGCUCAACCCAGUGCUGACAUAAGUGAAAUACCAGCUAAAAGACAGCGAUAUUCUCUGCCUCCCUCCUCGGGUUGUGUUGCCAAAUCACAACCAGCUAUGGUUGAAAUGAAGAAAAGAAGCCUGGUGUGGGCUGCUGUGGAGAAGAGACUGGAGGAACUGAUAACAGAACUGAAUAAGUGGACGCAUUCCCAAACCCUAUUUCUUCUUGAAGGGAUAGCGGUCAUUCUCCGUCUUGCUGGACUUUGCUCCAAGAUUAGCCUCUCAGAAACAGACAGGGGAGCUGAAGUGCGUUUGCCUGAGGGAGAAAAAAAUGAAGACCUCAGUAACUCUUUGAGCAAUGGCAACAAGCUGGUGUGGUUGCAGGAGAAGACAUUGGUGCAGGUGUUGGACACCUGUUACAAAGUGUUGGUCAAAAGUGCGGUUGGAGAAGAUCUGAAGUCAUGGAUGGAAUGUAUUAUCAGAAUCCUGGAUGCCAUACUCUUCAUUACCAUCAACAGGAGGCAGGAACCCAGUCUGAAUAAGUGUUUCUGUGCAUUGCUGUCCAUUCCUUGGGUGCAGGAGCACAAUACUCUCUCAGUCUAUCAGACUGCUGACUUCCCAGCAAAUACCACUGCACUCUCCCAGAAAUUGGCUCCAUUUUUCUCACCUCAAAUGCAAGCCCAUUGUGUGUUCCUGAUGUCCCUGCUUCCAAAGAAGGUGUGUCCUGAUUGGCGUUCAUCGGUAUAUCGGUGGGCCCUGCAUAGUAUUAAUGAGGAAGUGAGGGCUGAGACUGUGCGAGGAUUCCCUAUCCUGUUGCACAACCUUGGUGUCAAAUCCUAUGGCCUCAUCCAUGAAGUCUUGCUAAACAGGUUGCAGGACAGCUCAUCCCUUGUGAAAGUCCAGUUAGCUGGUAUCUCUGGACAUCUGGUCUGCUGUUUGUCAGAGAACUCCCGACUCCAGCUUCUAGAGAAAUCUGUAAUGUCAUCCAAAUAUCUUUGUGUGCACUUUACAAUGGCAAACACUCAUUCUGAUGGAACUACCACUAUUGGAGCUUCUAUCCUCACACCCUUCCUUACACUGCUCAAGCCUCAGGAAGAUAGUCCAGUGAAACAAGCUUUUAUGGAGAAUAUUCCUCAUCUGUGUAUGCACUUGGAUUUGAGCCACUGUGACCCAGAUACUAAAGCACUGGUAACUGCUUUGGUUGACCUUAUAGAGGACCCAGACCAUGGGGUACGCAUGCUCUUCAGUAAGAACCUAAAGAACAUGCUGGAAUCGUGGAAUGGUGAUGACUUCCUGAAAGAUGUCCUUGCUAGCCGGUUAAAAGAAGCCUACAACAACGCAAAGAUGGGAAGAAACAAUGAUUUGAAAAGCACGCUCAUUUUUGCUACAGGAGAAAUUGGCAGAGCUGCAAAAGGUAGCCUUGUGUCCUUUGCUCUGCUGCACCUCUUGCACUUUUUACUGUCCAAGACCACACAAGUGUCCAUGGUGGCUUACACUGAGAUCCAGGCCUUGGCCACAUCAAGGGGCUUGAAACUGCAGUCUUUUUUCAACCAGUAUCGUAAACCAGUCUGCCAAUUUCUGGUGGAAUCCAUUCACUCGCGCCACAUCACAGCGCUGCGCUCUACCCCAGAUCAGAGCAGUGAGGCUCUUCGUGAAGAGGCAGCUCACCAGAGGGAGGUGGCCCUAGAUGUCCUCUUUCAUGUGGCCCAAGUCUUUGAUUUCCCUGACCUCAACCGCUUCCUCAAUCGCACACUCCAGGUUCUCCUCCCCUACCUAGCAGCCAAGGCCACCCCUACUGCCUCAGCUCUUAUACGGACAAUUGCCAGACAACUCAACAGCAACAGGAGAGAGGUCCUCAUUAGCAACUUCAAGUACAUCUUUUCUCACCUUGUGUGCUCCUGCACCAAGGAUGAGUUGGAGAAGGCCUUCCACUAUCUUCAGAAUGAGACUGAACUGGAGUUAGGCAGUCUUCUACGACAGGAUUUUCAGGGCCUCCACAAUGAAUUGCUGCUUCGGCUGGGAGAGCACUACCAGCAGGUUUUCAAUGGGCUUGCAAUCUUAUCCUCUUUUGCCUCAAGUCACGACCCCUCUCAGAGUCUACAGGAAAUUAGCACUCCAGAGUGCAUGGCUGAUUAUCUACAGCCUAAAUUGUUGGGGAUCUUGGCUUUCUUCAACUUACAGCUGCUCAGCUCUAGUGCAGGAGAGAAAGACAGGAAGAAAAUGGCCUUAAACAGUCUGAUUGCAUUUAUGAAGCUGAUGGGACCAAAACAUAUUAGCUCUGUGAGGGUGAAGAUGAUGACAACACUCCGGACAGGCCUGAAGUACAAGGAGGAUUACCCAGAGCUCUGUUGCCAAACCUGGGAUUGCUUUGUACGGUGCCUGGAUCCACCCUAUCUCGGGCCACUCCUCAGCCAUGUAAUUGUGGCUCUCCUGCCUCUCAUAUCCAUUCAGCCCAGAGAAACUGCCACCAUUAUUCGAUAUCUUAUCCUGGAGAAGAGGGAGGAGGUCCAAGACUUUCUCCAUGAAGUCUACUUUUUACCUGAUCACACAGAGCUAAAAGAUGUUCAAGACGUCCUCCGAGAUUGUAGAGAGCAAUCCUCUAAGAGCACCGACCUGCAGGCUUCUCUCCUAUUAUCCAUGCGGGCUAUACAGCAUGAAAAUGUGGCUGUGCGUACCCAUGCCCUUACCAACCUUAAAGACAUGCUCUUCAAGAACCAAAAAUGUCUGCUGAAGUAUGUGUUAGACAGUGAGAUGGUGGAGCCAGUCAUCUCCCAGUUGGUGACAGUGUUGCUAAGAGGGUGCCAGGAUACUAACCCAGAAACCCGCCAGCUUUGUGGAGAGUGUCUUGGAGAGCUAGGAGCUAUUGAUCCUGGUCGGCUGGAGCUGUCAACUACAGACAUCCAGGGGAAGGGUUCCACGUUUGUGAUUGGAGUGGAUGAUCCAAACUUUGCUUACGAGCUCCUCAUUGAAUUGACCAGAACUUUCUUAGCCUAUGCAGAUGAUGUCCAGGCUCAGGAUGCUGCAGCUUAUGCCAUGCAGGAGCUUCUGGCUAUAUUUGAAUGUCGGGAAGGCCGUAGUGACACCUCAGGUCGAAGAUUGUGGAGACGAUUUCCAGAGCAGGUUCAGGAAAUACUCGAACCACAUCUUAAUAGCAGGUAUAAAAGUUCUCAGAAGGUGGUUAACUGGUCAAAACUGAAGAAGCCCAUAUACCUCAGCAGUUGUGGGAGCAACUUUUCUGACUGGUCUGCAACAUGGGCUGGGUAUCUUAUCAGUAAAGUGAGGCAUGAAUUGGCAAGUAAAGUGUUUAACUGCUGCAGAUUCAUCAUAAAGCAUGAUUACAAGGUGACCAUCUACCUCCUUCCCCACAUCCUGGUGUAUGUGCUGCUGGGUAGUACAAAUGAUGAGAAGCAGGAGGUGACAGAGGAGAUUAUGGCAGUCAUUAAAGAGGAUGACCAACGUUUAAGUCGCCUGCAGGAAACUACAUCUAGCCUCAGCCAGCUGAGCACCCAGACAGUUUUCUCCAUGUUGGACCACCUGACCUUGUGGGGCCGCCAUAUGAUGCAAAGCUUGAGAAGAAACAAGCCCCCUGUCCAAACUAACCGCCCAGAAAACAACGAAGACUAUGAGAAAGUGUCGCACUUCCUUACUGACAUUCCACAGGAUCUUUUGGCUAAAGCCUGCUUCCGUUCCAAAGCAUACACACGUGCAGUAAUGCACUUUGAGUCCUUCAUAGUGCAAAACAAACAGAACAUCCAGGACCAUCUUACAUUUCUCCAGACCCUGUAUGCAGCCAUGCAUGAGCCAGAUGGGGUACGAGGUGUGAAUGCUUUGCGGAGGGAUGAGCCCUCUUUAAGAGAGCAGAUCCUAGAACAUGAGAGUAUAGGAUUGCUCCGUGAGUCCACUGCUUGCUAUGACCGGGCUAUUCAACUGGAAUCGGACCAGAUUGGCCAUUACCAUGGAGUCAUGAAUUCAUUAUUGGGCCUUGGACAGCUGUCAGCUGUUAUCACACAAGUUGAUGGAAUACUUGUAAGCAGGCCUCAGUGGAAAUCUGAUUUGAACACAUAUCGCGUUGAGGCUGCAUGGAAGCUUUCCAAGUGGGAUGUUGUGGAAGAUUAUUUAGCCUCAGAUCAAAAGUCCAACACAUGGGCAGUGAGACUUGGACAGCUGCUUGUGGCUGCUAAGAAACGUAAUUCAGAGAUGUUUUAUGAGAAACUAAAAAUAGCAAGGAAAGACCAGGUUGUCCCAUUGUCAGCUGCCAGUUUUGAGUGUGGGACCUAUCAGAGAGGAUAUGAAUACAUUGUUAGACUGCACAUGCUGUGUGAACUGGAACACUCCUUCACAAAUCUGCUACAGCAGUGGCAGGCAGCAUCUUCAGAAGGGGCACAGAAAAAAGGAGGCACAGAAGAUCAAAUGGCCAUGCACAACUGGGAUGCUCGGCUGCUGAUGACUCAAAACUCUUUCAGAGCAAAAGAGCCCAUCCUUGCGCUCCGACGGGCUCUGCUUAAUCUCAACCAGGACAGGUCGAGCUGUGAGGAGCAGGUGGGUGAAUGCUGGCUGAAGAGUUCAAGGGUGGCAAGGAGAGCUGGCCUCCACCAGACAGCCUUCAAUGCCCUGCUCAAUGCAGAGAACUCCCAUCUGUCCGAGCUGUUUGUUGAGAAGGCCAAGUGGUUAUGGUCCAAGGGGGAUGUGCAUGAGGCUCUCAUGGUCCUGCAGAAGGGAGUGCAGCAGUGCUUCCCCAAUGACCAUCCGGUUACUGACAACAAGCUGGUCCAGAUCAAGGGCAAGGCUAUGUUGUUGAUGGCGAGACUCAUGGAAGAAACAGCAAACUUUGAGAGCAAUGCAAUCAUGAAAACAUAUCGGGAUGUGACAAACUUGUUGCCUGAAUGGGAGGAUGGUAACUUUUAUUUGGCAAAAUAUUACGACAAAGUGACUCAAAUGGUGACUGAUAACAAACUGGAGAAACAGGGAAACCUGAUUCACUACAUCAUCAUGUACUUUGGAAAGGCCUUGCAAUUUGGCAACCAGUAUAUCUAUCAGGCCAUGCCACGAAUGCUGUCUCUUUGGCUAGAUUUUGGUGCCAAGGUUUAUGAAGUUGAAAAAGGUGGCCGUCCAGAACAUAUACAGAUGCGUGCUGAGUUAAAUAAAAUCAAUGCUACCAUGAGUGAACACAACAAGAACCUCUCUCCAUACCAGUACCUCACAGCCUUCUCCCAGCUCAUCUCACGCAUAUGCCACUCCAGCAAUGAUGUGUUUGCUGUGCUACAAGAAAUUGUGGCCAAAGUCUUUCUGGCCUACCCUCAACAAGCCAUGUGGAUGAUGACUGCUGUGUCCAAGUCAUCAUAUCCCACGAGAAUGAACAGGUGUAAAGAAAUCCUAAGAAAGGCUGCCAACCUUAAAAGCUCACUGGAGAAAUUCAUAGCAGAUGCCACCAAAUUGACUGACAAACUUCUGGAGCUCAGCAACAAGCCGGUGGAUGGGAACUGUGCCAACCUCAGCAUGAAUGUUCAUUUCAAGACACUGAAGUUGCUGGUCAAGGAUCCCACAUUCAGCCAGAUUCUUAUCCCUCUUCAGGCUGUACUCAUCCCCACUUUGCCAUCCACUGGUGGGGCUAACCCCAACCACGAUGCCUUCCCUGGGCAUUGGGCUUAUCUGGCAGGUUUUGAUGAUGCGGUGGAGAUAUUGGCCUCACUGCAGAAGCCUAAAAAGAUCUGUCUAAAGGGUUCAGAUGGAAAAUCUUACACCAUGAUGUGCAAACCAAAGGAUGAUCUGAGAAAAGAUUGUAGGCUGAUGGAGUUCAACUGUCUUAUAAACAAGUGCUUGCGGAAAGAUGCUGAGUCCCGGAGGCGAGAUCUACACAUUCGUACAUAUGCUGUCAUCCCAUUAAGUGAGGAGUGUGGCCUUAUCGAGUGGGUAAACAAUACAGCCGGUCUGCGUCACAUCCUCAUGGACCUCUAUAAAGAAAGAGGUCUUUACAUGACUGGAAAGCAGAUCAGAAAGUAUAUUCUACCCAAGACGGCAUCCUUUCAAGAGAAGUACAAGUUGUUCAAAGAGGUGUUGUGCGCGUCCCAUCCUCCAGUCUUCCAUGAGUGGUUUUUGAGAACAUUUCCUGAUCCAACCUCCUGGUAUAAUAGCAGAUCAGCGUAUAGCCGCUCCAUUGCUGUGAUGUCCAUGGUGGGCUACAUUCUUGGGCUAGGAGAUCGUCAUGGAGAAAACAUAUUGUUUGAUUCUCUGACUGGUGAAUGUGUCCAUGUGGAUUUCAACUGCCUCUUCAACAAGGGAGAAACCUUUGAUGUUCCAGAGGUAGUCCCAUUCCGGCUCACUCAGAACAUGGUGCAUGCCAUGGGGCCCAUGGGUGUUGAAGGGCUUUUCAGACAAGCUUGUGAAGUCACCCUUCGUCUGAUGAGGGAUCAACGUGAACCAUUAAUGAGCGUCCUAAAGACAUUCCUUCAUGAUCCCUUGGUCGAGUGGAGUAAGCCUGCAAAAGGUCUCUCGAAGACGCAGGUCAAUGAGUCUGGAGAGAUACUCAAUGAAAAGGCCAAGACACAUGUGCUGGACAUUGAGCAGAGGCUUCAGGGGGUGAUCAAGAAUAGGAACAAAGUAAUGGGUUUACCCUUAUCCAUUGAGGGGCAUGUCCACUACCUCAUCCAAGAAGCCACAGAUGAGAAUCGCCUGUGUCAGAUGUAUCUUGGCUGGGGACCUUACCUCUGACCAUCUAAGCCUUAAAGUGGAUUCAGUGGAUAUUGAAGACAUUCCAUCACAUCUCUGUGUUAUAGUUUUACACAACAAAUAACUUUGAAUAAAAUUGAGGAUGAUUUACUGUA